AUGUUAUCUAGUGGAAAGGUCGUGGGUAAUGUGAAUGUUACAGCAAAAGAGCAAUGGAAGGAAGUGAAGGACAACAGAGUUAGAAAUGUAGUAAAUCAAAAUACUAGUCUCAAUAAUAAUGGAAUGGAGAUGGCACCAGCUAAGCAGUUUGAAAACAAUAAGAACAAGGAGGGUACAAGCACUAUAGAGAGACAAGCAGAAGCACAAAGCAACAGUGGGAUGGAUGAAGAGGAAGAACCUGUUAAUCAAUUGGCAAUGGUGGCAGCUAAUGCAGCAACAAACAGUUCAGCACUUCAUAACCAAGCAUCUACAAAGCAAAAACCAAAAAAUAUGGUCAAUAAUGAGGGAAAGUUAAAUCCAGCAGCACAAGCUUUUCAUCUUAACUCAUCGGGGAUUAGUUCGACUAAUGGUCUAGUCAAUGGAAAGGAGGCAUCAAAAGCAAAAUAUGAUACUGCACAAUGGGUAGAAAGAAGUUUCAAGGAUAAAAUAGGAGAAGGAAUAGUGAAGAUCAAUAAACCAUGCCAGGAAAUCUCAUCACAAGAUACAUUAGUGAACAAGGUACUUAAUAAAACUCCAAAUUCUCAAGCAGAAGAGUCAAAAUCGUCUACAUUUAAUGAAAGAGUGCAAGGCUGUGGAGGCAGGCUAUGGGAUGCACAAAGGGAAUACGAUUCAGAGGAGAACGAAGUACCACUAGGAGCACAAGCUGAUGAGGAACCAAAUGAGAAGGACAAAGAAGAAGAUGAGCAAAGUGUAAAUGGAGAGCCCCAUGGCAAUGACAACAAUACAACUGGUAAUUGUUUAAUAAAGGGAGGAUCAGAAAAUGUUGAGCACAACAAUAAUUUUCAGAUAGCAGAAGUCACAGAAAUUAGAAACUAUGAAGGAAGAGGCCCAGAGGUAAAUGAUCCUGGAGGAACAGAAGAUGAUAAACUUCAAAAAUCACAAGAAGACCCACAAGGACACAACACAACAGAGAAGGAGAAACAACAAAAAAAAACAGAAAUAGUAAAUAUUACUGUUACAUUGGAGAAAAACCAGUUGCAGCUGUUAAAAAGAGGAGAAGAGAAGGUCUUGGUCCCUAAAAAGAAUGCAUUUGGAGCUAUAUCAGGAGGGAAGGAAGACAAUGAAGAAGGAGAAGAACCUGAUAAUUCAGGAUACGACAUGGAUCAAGAAUCAACUACCCAACACCUUAUGAAUGCUGCAAG